AUGGAGGAAUCGUCGCCUUUGAUGCAACCUUGCCCGGCAUGUACAAGACAUGCGCAACAGCAGUAUGAGAAUUCCCAAAAUCAACGGCUCAUGCAAUGGCGCUUUACGCCACUCCGCUUCAAACUCCUCCUGGUGCUGUUGGUGCUGGCAAAACCGUGGAGAGUUUCUGCUGCGUGCCUGUUGCUGAGAUUUCCACUAGUAGAGGAAACGCCUCGUGGAGCACAGUCCGCUACUAAUAUAGCAUGGCCUCAGUUUGGAGUCCAACGCUGUGGUAAACCCCACACCAACGUAUCGGGGGUGCUCGCCGGAUUCCUGAACUUGAAACGGAUUGCAGAGGCCCCUGGCUGGCCCCCUUUCCGUGGAGGCACCAGAAGUGUUCUUGAGCCAAGGGGUAACCGGACUUACAUCGGGAACAGACAAAAUCAUGGCGGUUCUGUUAGCACCAAUAUCCGCUGCAGCAACCGCAACAGCAGUUCACAUGCAUUUUCCUCCACAGUGUUGCUGCCCCGCUCGUCAUUACGUCUCCGUGGAGCACUGUGGAGAUCUGAGAUAGCAGUGCAGCGCCUAUGGCGCCGCCAUGAUACUUACAAGCAGUUACUGUUGCAGAUUUGGUGCAUCAAUAAAUGUGCACAGCAGCAUGCAGGCACCAACAGCCAAGUUGACGAAAACAGGAAUGGACGUGGUAUUUCAGAUGAACUGCUCGACGUGCUCGGAUUUGCGGUCACAUCACCCUGUGGUGGCGCUAGUAACAUGCUACUGCUCGAUGGCCCUCCCUACGCCAAUGGGGAGCCACACAUGGGCCAUGCAGUGAAUAAAUGCCUGAAAGACUUUGCUGUGCGAGCGGCGCUACUGCAGCGCCGUUGUUGUCACAUGCUACCAGGCUGGGAUUGCCAUGGGCUGCCCAUUGAACUCAGAGUUGCGGCAACAGCUACCGCUGCUGCACAGCGAGACGCAGCCGCAUCAGCAGCAGACAAUACAAACGCCCUAGAGACUUGCGAACGAAGACCGAAUCAUAACCUCGAAAUUAGCAGUGCUGACGACGACACUAACAGUAUCAAGAGCAGCACCGACUGCAGCACGAACCAAAAGCGGAAGAGUAUAUCUACGGAGUUGCGCAGCAAGGCUCGGCAGGUUGCUCUAAAAUUCUCUUCGUUACAGCAGAAGGCGUUUGAGCGCGGCAGCCGUCUUUACCUAUUUGUUCUGCAUCUGUGUAGCUUCGGCGUGUGGGCGCACUGGGAUGGAGCCUACAAAACGAUGGACAGUAGUUUCAAGCUGGACGAACUGAAGCUUUUCGCGCUUCUGUGGAACAACGGUCUGGUUUCUCUUUCUCGCUUUCCAGUGUACUGGAGUCCUGCAAGUCUAAGUUCCGUCUCAGAGAGCGAGGUUACGCUGAGGCCUACAGCGAGAGACUGCCUGUACUUCAAGCUGCUGCUUAAGAAGCCCAUUUCAGCUUCGGAAGGCGGCAAGCCCUUUCCCACCCACAAGACAACUCCGUGGUUUUUAGUGUCCUGGACAACUACGCCCUUUACGAUUCCCGCGAACAGGGCCCUUGCUGUUUCCGCUUCCACGCGGUAUGCGGUGCUGAGGGCUUCCCGAGAACUGCCCCAGUAUGAGGAGGAGGUUUGGCUAGUAGGCGAAAUGUGCAUGCCCUCUUUUUUGACAGCUUUAAAGAAUGCAGAUUUUUCGUGGCGGAUACAGCAGAUUGGCACGGUGUCGGGGCAGCUGCUGGAAGAUUCAAGGUAUGUCCAUCCAGUGUCAAGCAAAGUAAGCUGCCCCGUCUUGCUGGAUCCUGUGGUCGAAAGUGACAAGGGCACUUCAGUUCUCCAUGUGGCACCAGCGCAUUCACAGGAAGACUACCGUCUCUGCCAGAGGGCCAGCCGGAGCAAGGGUCUCCUAGUCCAACGGUCGGACGAUCCCUCAGUCCUUGUGCAUGUGCCCCUGAUUCCGGACUUGAAGGAAGAAGCAGCAGCAACUGCCGCAGGUGCCCCAUUGCUAUGUCCUGUGGGGCCAAAUGGCACUUUUUUAGGAGGCAGUGGCAGCAUGCCUUUUGAGGGCCUCGGAGCUCUGAAAGGUGGGGAGGAGAGCAUUAUUGACUUUCUGCGCAGAAGUGGUUCACUGCUACUCACUCACAAAGCUGUUUUACCGUAUCCUUACGAUGAACGGUCUGAGUGUCCUUUGCUCAUGCGCGCCACUCCCCAGCUACAUUUCAGUGUGCAAGGUCUUGUCCCGGAGAUCUUGAGGGACGUGGAACGCAUCAGAUGGCUCCCGAACCGGCGCAUUCAGAAGAUGCAGCAAUGCCAAUGCACUGCCGCGGCAAAAGGGGAACUGCAUGCUCAGGAUGAACAGCGGGAGGCAGCAACCGUAGCGACGUUGGAACUUGAGUCUGAAGCGUCUCCGGGAUAUGGGCGCAUUCGCGCUGCAUUACGCACGAGGCCUCCAACGUGGUGCCUCUCUCGGCAACGGCAGUGGGGGCUUCCGAUCCCUCUCGUGGCAGAGCGCGUAGAAGGGCCCAGCUGCACUAGAAGCCAAGAGACUAGAAGUGCAGAAGAAGCGGGAUGGACAAGUUUACGGCUUGAUAAUGACUUCAAAUUGUACGCUGAGGCAUUUCGAACAUCAGGGGACAAGACUGAUGACCUUCUAACGAUGUUGAAGAGGAGGGGUUGGUGUGGGAUGGUUUUUGAUGUUUGGUUUGAUGCCGCCUCUGCCUGGAUCACAGGUCACAAGUUCCUGCAGCAGUGGACACAAGAUGCCAACUGCCUUUUACAUAAAUACUUCCCUCAGAUUCAGGGGGGGCAACAGCAGCAGAAACAGCGGCACCAAGAGCAGAACGAGGACGCGCAUCAACAACAGGACCCAGAACAGCUUCAAGAGCAACAGGCGCAACAAUGGAAUGGAAAAGAAAGAUAUUCUUGCCUGGUGGUAGAAGGGUCUGACCAGAGUAGAGGAUGGUUCCAGAGCCUCUUGCUGUCCCAUGCAGGUGCUCGGGAAGCUCUGCGUCGUCAGCGGCGGCAAAGAGGCGUUCCAAGCGUUGUGCAGCUCGGGGAUUGUUGGAGCAAUCAUUCCACGGCAAUUCAGACGCAAGAUAUUAGUGGGGUGACUGGAUAUGAAUUGGUAAUGGCAGAUGACGACGAACCAAGAGCAGGAGAGUCACUAGAGGAUGGAAAGUUGCCUGAGUAUCCAUUUAGCGUCGUGGUGACUCAUGGGUUUGUCGUCGAUUCAAGCGGCAAUAAACUGAGCAAGUCAAAGGGUAAUGGGAUAUCGCCAGCAAUAUUUUUCGCUGCUGAAAAGGAGGCAUCAGGGGCGACAAUACAGUCAAGUACAUCCAAGGUAUCAUCCUCAGUGAAGCUCCAACAACAAGAGCAACGCCGGUCACAGGAGAAUCGGAGGAAUCGCCGGUUGACUUACGGCGCGGACGUGCUACGUUUGUUUGUUGGAGCGCUUGAUUUUGGGGGAGACAUGGCUUGUCCUUCAGGAAACGGGAAGGAAAGCAUAGUGCAUACAGCCAGUGCUACUUACAUUAAGCUAAGAAACGCGUUCAAGUACCUCAUUGGUUCCCUUGAGAAUUUUGACAUCAUUGCCGUGAGAUGCUUAGUACAUUUGCCGCUGCAGUACCACCAUAAGUAG